CACUUCACUCCACGGGCUUAAACAACGCAAAAGAAAUGGAGGUCGUGUCAUGGUGGGUUCUAGGCUUCCUCGGCAAGUACCCGGUAGAGAUCAUGGCGUCGCUUGCUUGCGUCGUCCUGUUGCUCUUCAGGUGUUACCGGCGGGACGGGCUGCCGACCAACUGGCCGGUGUUGGGCGCGAUCCCGGCCAUCAGCGUGAACGCCGGGCGCGUGCACGACUGGCUCACGGAGUUCCUGCGCGCGGCGCCCGGGAUGUCGCACGUCAUCAAGGGGCCUUUGGGCACGCCGGUGGACGUGCUCGUCACGGCCAACCCGGCGGACGUGGCGCACAUCUUUACCGCCAACUUCGGCAACUACCCCAAGGGCGAGGAGUUCGCCGCCCUCUUCGACGUGCUCGGCGACGGCAUCUUCAACGCCGACGGCGAGUCUUGGGCGUUCCAGCGGCGGAAGGCGCACGCGCUGCUGUCCGACGGGAGAUUCCGCGACGCCGUCGCCGGGAGCACCGCGCGUAAGCUCGACGACGGGCUCGUGCCGCUCCUCGACGGCUUCGUUUCCUCUGGUGCCGUCGUGGACAUGCAGGACGUGUUCAUGCGCCUCACGUUCGACCUCACGGCGAUGUUCGUGUUCGGCGUCGACCCCGGAUGCCUAGCCGCCAACUUCCCGCGAGUCCCCUUCGCCGCGGCCAUGGAUGACGCCGAGGAGGUGCUGUUCUACCGGCACAUGACGCCCGUUGGGUGGCUGAGGAUCCAGACCUACCUAAACAUAGGCCACCACAAGAAGAUGAACCAGGCUCGGCAGGUGCUCGACGCGUCUAUCGCCGAGUUCAUCUCGCUCCGGCGAGAGCGCGCGGCCGGUGCCGACGACGGCGCCGACCUGCUCACAUUGUACCUGGCGUGCCAAGCGGAGGUCGGCAAGGAAGGCGCCGAGUUCGACCGGUUCUUACGUGACACGACGCUUAACCUCAUGAUCGCCGGCCGUGACACGACGAGCUCCGCACUGACAUGGUUCUUCUGGCUGCUCACGAAGCACCCGGACGUCGAGGCAAAGAUCCUCUCCGAGCUCCGCAAAAACCCGUCGUCUAGCCAACACCGCACCACCGCCGAGCUGAAGCGACUGGUCUACCUCCACGCGGCGCUGUCAGAGUCACUCCGUCUGUACCCACCAGUGCCAUUCGAGCACAAGGCGGCAGUGCGCCCGGACACGCUGCCGAGCGGCGCGGCCGUGGGGACGACGCGGCGGGUGAUCGUGUCUUUGUACUCGAUGGGCCGCAUGGAGUCCGUGUGGGGCAAGGACUGCAUGGAGUUCCGACCAGAGCGAUGGCUGAACGAGGCAGGGCGGCUCCAGCACCAGCCGUCGUACAAGUUCGUGGCGUUCAACGUGGGCCCCCGAACGUGCAUCGGCAGGGACCUGGCGUUCUCGCAGAUGAAAGCUGUUGUUGCUGCCGUCGUCCCCAGGUUCCGGAUGGAGGUUGCCGCCACCGAGGCCAUACCCAAGCUGUCCAUCAUACUCCACAUGAAGGAUGGACUCAAGGUAAGGGUGCACAACAGACAAGACGAUGCCAGCAUAGGUGCUAGCUAGGGCAACGUAUCCUAUGCUUGCAACUUUAAUGCGCAUACGCAUACAAU